AUGCUCCCGACGCCGUCGACCUCGCACGUCUCGUACGACCUUAUCUACGAGCCAGCAGAGGACUCGUACCUGUUCCUCGACACGCUGUCCUCGGCCUCGGAGACGGCGUGGCUGCGUUCACGGUUCUCGUCGCAGCGACAAAAGACCGACGAGACCGGGCCUAGGACCAAGCGAAGAAGGGGAAGAAGAAAGGGAGUGCCGCUCCUCGUCGAGAUCGGGCCCGGGUCCGGCGUCGUCGUCGCCUUCCUGACCGCGCAGGCCGAGACCAUCUUCGGGAGCCACGUGCUCAGCAUGGGCGUCGACGUCAAUCCGCACGCAUGCCUCGCGACGCAAACGACCGUCGAGAAGGCGCUCGCCGAGACCAAGGCCAGGACAGUGGAGACGACGACCACGACGACCACAACCACGGUGGAGGGGCAAGUUACGAAUUCUCCUCCCGCUACCGCCACUGCUACCGCUACUGGGAAGUGUCAAGACGCGACGAGCAGUGUCUACCUCUCCUCCUUGAACGGCGAUCUAGCCAGCCCGCUCCGGCCGUGUGAAGUCGACGUCUUAAUCUUCAAUCCGCCGUAUGUCCCAACAGAAUCGGUCCCUGUUGCUGCCACAAUCACCACCGCCUCCGCCAUCACCACCGGCGCCGUCCCACUAUCAUCUUCGUCGUCGUCGUCGUCGCCGCAUUCAUCUUCUUCUCACAACCCAGCCGCCCCAAGCUUCGAGGAACAGUCCAAUCUCCUGGCCCUCUCCUACGCAGGCGGCGUCGACGGCAUGGAAGUCACGCGCCGCCUGCUACUUCAGGUCCCAGACGUCUUGAGCCAUUGGGGCGUGGCAUACGUGCUGUUCUGCCGCGGCAACCGGCCCGAGGAGGUCAAGAGCUGGAUCCGCGCGUGGCAGCAGCGACCACUACCGCCUGGCGACGCCCCAGGUGAAGGCGAAGAAGAGGCGCCGUGGCAGUGGCGCGCAGAGACUGUGGGCACCAGUGGGAAGACAGCAGGCUGGGAGAAGUUGGAGAUUGUCAGGAUAUGGAGGGAAUGA